GGCUGUAACAAAACCCAGACCCCCAGGUCCGGGCCAAUGGAGGCGAUUUAGACUGGAGCCGGACCGCGUCUGUCAAAAGCCCGACUCGGCAGCAGCGGCAGAGUCCAGAAGGAGAGCUGGAGCCGCAGCGCUGCUUCCCCGCCCCCGCCGGGAUUUAUUGAGUAUUUGGACUGGACAAUUAAGUGGCCCUGAUGAUGUUACCAAGCCCGGUCACCUCCACCCCUUUCUCAGUCAAAGACAUUCUGAAUCUGGAGCAGCAACAGCAACAGCACUUCCACGGCGCGCACUUACAGGCGGACUUGGAGCACCACUUUCACUCGGCGCCGUGCAUGCUGGCCGCCACCGAGGGGACGCAAUUUUCUGACGGAGGAGAGGAGGACGAGGAAGAAGAGGGCGAGAAAUUGUCCUAUUUGAACUCACUAGCCACAGCCGACGGCCACGGGGGUUCGGGGCUCUGUCCCCAGAGCUAUGUCCACACAGUCCUGCGAGACUCGUGUAGCGGGCCUAAGGAACAUGAAGAGGAGCCCGAGGUCGUGAGGGACCGGAGCCAAAAAAGCUGCCAGCUGAAGAAGCCUCUGGAGGCGGCCGGAGACUGUAAGGCGGCGGAGGAGAGCGAGAGGCCCAAGCCACGCAGCCGCCGGAAGCCCCGGGUCCUCUUCUCGCAAGCCCAGGUCUUCGAGCUGGAACGCAGGUUCAAGCAGCAGCGGUACCUGUCGGCGCCCGAGCGCGAGCACCUCGCCAGUAGCCUGAAGCUCACGUCCACGCAGGUGAAGAUCUGGUUCCAGAAUCGCAGGUACAAGUGCAAGAGGCAGCGACAGGACAAGUCCCUGGAGCUGGGCGCCCACGCGCCCCCGCCGCCGCCGCGCCGCGUGNCCGGAGGCGGCCCCUUUGUGAACGUGAGCAACCUGGGAGGCUUCGGCGGCGGUGGCGGCGCGCAGCCGUUGCACCAGGGUGCGGCGGCCGGGGCUGCAUGCGCGCAGGGCACCUUGCAGGGCAUCCGGGCCUGGUAGGGACGCGGCGGCUCACGCGGCGGGCGCCCCACUGCAGCCUGGCACCGCGGGACUGAAGCGCGAGAAAGGCUGGAUCCCAGGGCCAAGUCCUCUCGUUAAAAAACAAAAAACAAAACAAAAAAACCCCACACACAUGUCUCGCUCCCCAGACCCCGGAACACAGCUCCCGCGAAGCCUGGGGAAGGGGGCUGAGGGGCGAGGAGGAUGCCCGAGACAGGUCGCGGAGACGGUGUCUGAGGCAGAAACUCCGGCUGGGGGCUGGGAAGGACAAUGGCCCCGACUCUGGCCCCGAAGAGAGUGCGAGAGGCUGCGACUCUGGCGGCCGCUUGGUUCUCCCAGAGCAAGAAGACCGUCUUUCCCCUUGGCUUUCCCGCGGCCUCCUCGAAAUGUCGACAGAAAACCCAAGGACAAAAAGGAAAAAAGAAAAAAGAAAACCAUGAAGGAGAGAAAAAUGGGUGUCGUGGCUUGAGAAAUCCCCAACCGCUACCGACCCUUCUGCCCCUUUUGCGGCCGGAGCGCCACACCACAGUCGAUUUUCCUUUUCCCUGCCGCCUGCCCUCCGCAGCAGAUACCUCGGCCUGGAUCUCCGGAUUGUCAGGGAGUAGAACUCUGCGAGAAAAACCAGCGAAGCAAGAUCAAACAUUGGGGGGCGGGAGGGGACUGAACAAAUCUGGGAGCUGGUGGCCAACCGGAGGUGUUACCAGGUUUCCUUUCUGUUUCAUGUUCUGUAUUCAGCACAUAUAAUGUAUCUAUAACUGCAUCCACACGCCGUGCACACACCCGCUGCCAUACACUACAGGAGUCAAUAAACAAGGUGCAAUAUUUCCAAACCGUUGCCUACAGACUUU